AUGUCUCAAUCAUUGCGCCCAUACCUCCAAUGUGUCCGGUCAUCAUUGACUGCAGCUUUGGCAAUCUCCAACUUUGCCUCCCAGACCUCUGAGCGCCACAAUGUCCCCGAGAUUGAAGCGCAGACCUCGCCCGAACUUAUCCUGAACCCCUUGACCGUAUCCCGCAAUGCAGACGAGCGUGUCCUCAUUGAACCCUCCGUAAACAGUGUCCGAGUAUCAAUCAGAAUCAAGCAGGCAGACGAGAUUGAGCACAUCCUCGUUCACAAGUUCACCCGUUUCCUUCAACAACGUGCCGAGUCCUUCUUCAUUCUUCGACGGAAGCCUAUUAAGGACUAUGACAUUUCCUUCCUGAUUACCAAUGUGCACGUUGAAGCUAUGUUGAAGCACAAAUUGGUGGACUUUAUUAUUCAAUUCAUGGAGGAAGUCGACAAGGAGAUUUCCGAGAUGAAGCUGUUUCUGAAUGCGCGAGCCCGAUUUGUGGCCGAAUCUUUCUUGACUCCGUUCGAUUAA